AUGAAAAACUGUGAAUUGCGAGACAUCAAUUCAAAAUACCCUAAACCGGUAGAUGUUAACAAAUCCCUGUACCCCUCUGGGGAAUUAGAAGAAUUGAAGCAAAGUUACCCGGAGGAGGGGGUAAUACAUAUGCGUCCCCUCAUUAAAACUGAAACCACUGGCCAGGGGGCAGAUCGGCAAACUACCACACGAACUACCCCGUACACGGGGGAAGCACUGGCCAAAAUUCAGGAAAAAUAUAGCCGUAAGGCCAGUGAGUCAGAGACUGAAUAUGUGUGGAGGGUAUCCCUUACUGGGGGAGAUCGGAUUUUGUUGAGUGAAGAUGAGGCCAGAGGAUUUUGGGGCCCUGGGGUUUUCCUGACCACAAAUGAUAACCGAGCCCCGUGGCCACUGACCCAGAGAGCUGCCUACUGGGCAGGCGGGUUAGACCCUAUAGAAAGGGGAGAUCCUCACACAAUUAAAACCCCCACAAUUGGCCACAUUGUCGAAAGUGUACAAAAAACUGCAUGCCUCCAAUUAAUCCAUACAAGACUGUUGGACUCGCAGCGACAUUCCCCUAUGGAACUCGAGGCGGAUCCACAAAGAUUUCCUGUCCUAAUCCGAGGUCUGCCUGAUGCACUAAAAACCCAUGCUAAACAACUACAAGAACGCAUAAUGGCAACCCCCAGGCCCGGAAGAAGGGGUGCUCCACCAGGAAUGACCUGGUUGGAAGUGGCCCAAGAAUUAGUAACUACUGGUAGACAGUUGGGGAUCUCUGAUACAAGUAGUUUUAAACAGAAAACAGAUAUCAGAAGGGUGGGAGAAACCCGAAAACCACCUUUGGCAGGUAAUCGUCAGCAAAAUGUGAUACCUAGUGAGCGAACAAGGUACAGUUUGUGGGUGGAGGGUGUUGAGAAAGGAAUUCCUCGAGAGGUGAUGGACAAAUUACCUACAGCUAAUUUGGAACACUUGAUAAAGCACUGGGAUAAGAUCAAAGAGCAUGAGUCACCCCCGGGGGGCAACUCUCCCCAGGAGCCCAACACUGUAGUUCCCUCAGCCCCACCAGAAAACAGUUUAACCAGUUCCCAGCCGGGAAACAGGGUUCGCCUCUCCCAGUAAGUGAGCCGGGGAGCGGUCAGUGGAUUUACAUGAGAAGG